AUGACGUUGGGGUCUAUCACGUGACACUUGCAAUCACAUGACGAGCAGAAGCUGAAAACAGGAAGAAGCUCGUAGAUUAAUCAGGAAUAGGCUGCUAUGUGAGAUGGCCGCAGCGGUGGAGAGAACAGAUGAUCUGGUGCGAGAGUAUCUGCUGUAUCGAGGUUUCACCAGCUCUCUGAAACAUCUGGACUCAGAGAUCAAAGCAGACAAGGAGAAAGGCUUUAGAGUUGAUAAAAUAAUCGAUCAGCUUCAGCAGCUGAUUCAGAACUAUGACCUGACGGGUCUGAAGGAGUACUGGGCGUAUCUGGACCGCAGGCUCUUCUCCAGGCUGGAGGACGUCUACAGACCCACCGUCUGCAAGCUGAGGACCAGCCUCUACCGCUUCUACGUCAUACACAGCGUUCAGACGAACAAACCGGAGAAGACGCAGGAGUUUUUCCUGAAGCAGGCGCUGGAGCUGCAGGGUCAGCCGGAGUGGCGGGAUUGGUUCGCUCUGCCGUUCAUUCCCGCACCGGAACAGAAUCCCACCUUCUCUCCGUACUUCUCCCGCCAGUGGGCCGACACCUUCCUGGUGUCUCUGCACAACUUCCUCAGCGUUCUCUUCCAGUGCAUGCCUCUGCCUGCGCUCUUGAACUUUGACAGUGAAGUACAGAAAAUCACAUCUCUUCAGGAGGAGAACGAGCAGUUCAGACAGAUGUUAUUUGCCCUUCAAGGAGAAUCACGACCAAAGAAAGACGAGGCGAUGGUGCAUCACAAACUCCCGCCGUACGUCCAGCACAUGGACCGACUCGGCGACACUGAGCUAGACCUGGUGUACAGUCAGAGGAACGUGAACAUGAGCACACCGCCCAGAAACUUCUUCUACACCUUACUCCCUCAGGGCAGACGGGCUCCUGGGAAAACGGCCCCGGCGCCGCAGUCCUCACCCACACAGGCCUCGCUGGGCCGGAAGGACGCCGCUGGCACACAGUACGCGAAAGCAAAAGAUCCGCCUGUCGCGAAAGACGUGAAGACGCCCACUGUUUCCACGGUGAUGGUGGAUUCGGCCACGGGUCAUUCCCGACACAGAAGAGUGCAUGACCACGAGAAAGAGAGAAAAGAGCUGCUCUCCAAACUCCCAGCGCAGAGUUCAGAGAAAAAAACAGAUUCGGAUCCAGAUUCUCAAACUGAAGCUCUUCCUGAGCAAAUGGACUCCACCAAUCAGACGCGAGUCUGUGAAGUGGGCGGAGCAGGAGUGGAGCAGCCCUUUAUUAAGCUGAGUCAGGAAGAGUAUGGAGAACAUCACUCAUCCAUCAUGCACUGCAGGGUGGACUGCUCGGGCAGAAAAGUGGCCAGUCUGGAUGUGGACGGGGUGGUGAAGGUUUGGGCCUUCAAUCCCAUCAUGCAAACCAAAGCCACUAUCAUGUCCAAGUCUCCGCUGCUCUCUCUGGAAUGGGCGGCCAAACCUGACAGACUGCUGUUGCUCGGUAGCGGGGUCGGCACGGUGAGACUUUACGACACGGACGCCAAGAAGAGCCUGUACGAGAUGACGAUAGACACCGUCCACCCGCGGAUCCUGUCGCUGGCCUGCAGUCCCAGCGGAACGUCGUUCGUUUGCUCCGCCGCGGCUCAGGCUGCUCAGUCUGGUGUUGUGGCGGAGAGCGACGCACGAGGAUCCGCUCCCGCAUCCGGACAUCUGCUGCUGUGGGACACCAAAACGGUCAAACAGCAGCUGCAGUUUUCGCUGGAGCCGGGCCCGGUCGCCAUAAACUGCACGGCGUUUAACCACAACGGAAACCUGCUGGUGACCGGAGCGGCGGACGGGAUGAUACGGCUGUUCGACAUGCAGCGCUAUGAGAGCGCAUUGAGCUGGAAGGCUCAUGAUGGUGAAGUGUACAGCGUGGAGUUCAGCUACGAUGAGAACACGGUCUUCAGUAUCGGAGAGGACGGGAAGUUUGUUCAGUGGAACAUCCACCGCUGUGGCGUGAAACAGUCGGAGUACUCGCUAUCCCAGGAUGCCGUGGGGCCGUUUGUUCUGUCGGGCUACAGCGGAUAUAAACAGGUUCAGGUUCCACGCGGUCGUCUCUUUGCUUUCGACUCUGAGGGCCAACAUGUUCUCACCUGCUCCAGUAAUGGAGGAAAUAUCUACCGGUUAAGCAAGGCAUACACUGGUCUUGAAAGCGUCUUGUCUCUCGGCGGUCAUAAAGCGCCCGUCGUGACGGUUGAUUGGUGCUCAGCGAUGGACUGCGGCACGUGCCUCACCGCGUCUAUGGACGGCAAGAUCAAACUCAGCACGCUGCUCGCUCAGAAACCCUGACCGCAGAAAUCAAGCUCAACGGACCUGAAAUGCCAGUGAGGAAGAUGAUGAUGAUGAUGAUGACUGAAGCAGAAUCUCUGCUAAAGUUUCACUCACAUGAUGUCUUAUAAAACGGUCAUCUCACAGAAGAUCACUAGAAUAUCACAACAAUCAAUGUUACUGAUUCAAAGACGAUGAGUUUACUCUUCCACAGACUGAACGUAAAACAGACCCCAUAGAUCCAGAGAAUGUGUUUUUCACAAAGCGUUUAUGUUUAUGUGCGAGUUAGUGAUGUCUGGACAUGUGGAGAAAUGUUACUUGAGAAACAAACAAAUGAUGAACAAAUAUGAUUCAGUCAGGUCAGUGAGGAAGGGCAUUAGCUUCACAUUAAUGUUUCUGUUCUUCUAAGAUGCUGUUUAUUUCUUACUGUUGGAACCUUAAAAUGCAGCUUAACCAAGUAAUAAAAUAUAUGAUGUUCAUACAAUUUUUUUGCAUCUGUAUCCUGUUGUACAUUCAAAUAAAUAUGAUCAAUUGACAAAA